AUGAUUUUUACACUUAAGGAAGUCAUCAAAUGGCUGGGACUAUCGAUCUUCGAAUUAUGGCUUCAUAUCGUGGCACUUUUUGUAUUUUCUGUGUUGGUGGCUGUGAAAUUGGAAGACGGAGAAAUGUCAUGGUGGACGGUAUUUAUUCCGCUCUUUGUUUGUGACGGUUGCGUGGCUUAUUUCUCAGCCAUUGUGAUCAUAAGACUUUAUUUAGCCGGUGAUAAGCGUCUAGCAGCGAUGAGGACGUUUUGGAGUUCUGUUGUGAUAGCGUUAUUAGUAACUUUUAAGAUAACUCUUUGUCAGCGGUUGGAGGGCAUUCGAGACUUAGACUACGCUGUGAUUCAUGUGCCGCUGUUUAUUCUGUUAAAACUGUUAGCUGUGCGGGCUUGUCAAGUAGACUACUGA